AUGCCUCGUGAUGCCGGCCCCCGCAAGCCCACCCUCAAGCAGCUGGCGAAGCAGAAAGCGAAGGACAUCAAGACCCGGGAGCGCAACGAGGCGACGUUCGCAUCCGCCGUUCAGCACUCCAAAAGCACCAUACUCGACGUGGACAUGCGGUUCAUUCAAGACACGCUGACCCAGAACCCGACUUGGAUUUCUCCACUCGCUGGUCUGAUCCGCUCGGGCUCGUUGAAUGGUCUUCUGAAGGACGUUGCCAAGAAGGAGGAGACCGGUGGACUGAGAUGGAAGGGCAAGUGCACCAAAUGGGGCAGUUUGCCGCUUGAGAUGGCGAGCUUAAUGCUCAAGCAUUGCGGUGUGGAGCUCGCGGAGGACGUACAGAAGGACGAACCCGUCGUACGGACCCUCUUCGAGAUCCAGUUCUGGGCAGCCAAGUCGGCGUCCUUGCCAUCUCGUGCGGACAUUCGCUAUCAGUCCACGUUGGUCAAGUUAGCGAGGGCCCGCAUGGAGGACGUUGGUCGCAACUACAUAGCUGCGGUGAACUCGGCGGAGGCUAUCAGUGUUGACCGGGACAGGUACAACAUCUGGUCACUUAGAACAACACGUUGUACUGCCACGUCUUUGCCACACAAGAUGGACACCCUCGCCUCGUACCUCAGCCACGAGCUUCCUACUCUCCCGGACAACAAGACGUGGCAAUUGGACGCCAAGUGGACCUUCGACUUGUCGUCGGACGCAGACACCACGGCUGGCCUCGGCGACAAUGUGCCGCAGGGACCUCCAGCUUUUUUCAGCUCUGCGUCGGACAAGCGUCGGACAGUUGCAUUUUGCAUUCCCUGCGGGACACACGGAAGCCUGAAGGGCGAGAGCUACAAGUACAAAGAGCCGCAGACCAAGGUAACGGAUGGACAUCGUUUUUGGCACAUGCGUUGGUUUGUGGACUUCCUCGGAGGACACGAGUCUCGAAGUUUCCUCGCAGGCAGUGUGUCGACGUUCAGGAACAAGCUCUUCACGAUUGCAUGGCCCUGCUGGACAGACACGGAGGACGCUCUGAAAAAAGAGCUCGAGUCGCACUUUCUCCAGAGUUCGUUCUCCCUCCUCAAGCAGCAGGAGCACGCUGCAAACGCCGAGAAGAAGGGCACCAAACGAAAGGCAUCCUCGCAGCAGAUGCAGGACGACAUGGAGGACGACAACGAGCAAGCGGACAAUGAGGAGCACACGGGUGACCAGAUGGAAGAGGUAGCAGCUGGACGAAGCACACGUUGUACAGAGUUUGCCACGUCGAGCUUUGCAACGAUUGUUCUUUUGCAUCAAUGGCACCAGGGUAUGCGCAAAGAUGCCAAAUGGAAGAAGCCGGCAGAGGAGGUAUCCAAGCUGGCCGGGGAGUUGCUUCAAGGCCUCGCUUCCUUGUUCCUGCAGACCCCGCAGGACUUCUCAUUCACGUGGGACGGAAACACUCUGGUGCUGCCGUUCAAAGGAGGUUCGCUGGACGUGGACGAGGUUGUACUGCAAAACAGUUUACUUGCUAAAGUACUACACCGCGAUCGUUCCCGAUUCAUGGACGUGCUGCAGGAUGUGAAUGUGGACUGCACCCGUCGGACAAUUGGAGACACUCGCAAGUCAUCUAGUUUGAGGACGAAGUACUACUUGUUGGCGGCUUUGGCACGUGCCAUGGAUUCGUCGGACGACACGCAUUCCUGCUGGACAUCUUUGAAUGUGAAGCAAGUGAUGAGCACCUCCGGAUAUCGUCGGUCGUCCACGAGUUUUCGACAAGAGGUUGCGAGUUCAUCGAAUGCCACACGCAGGACACUUACCUCCACAUUGCAAGGACAUGCGUUCACCGUGCAGGACAGCAGCGAACAGCAGGACGAACAAAAGAUCAAGAAGCACGCUUCUAUGGACGCACACAGGCUAGCACGCAUGGAGCGAUACGCCUAUGUCACGCAGGGCAAGUCAGAUUUCCUCUCGACGGACAUUUUGUGCGUGGUGGCAGAUGCAGUGCACGUGGGAAGUGACGAUUGGCUGAACAUCAUGGUGUACAACCACACGACGGACAAAGUUUGGGUCUGCCCGCCGCAGGUCCAGAAAUCGUCCGUCUUGUCGGCUGAGCAGUGGAAAGCUAUGUGGAACAAGGCUUCCAAGAAGUUCCUCGGGAUCGAGAAACCCGUUGGACCUGGUCAUGCGGAGGACCGGCUGGCCACACUGUCUUGGAUGCAGGACAUAAACCACGGCUUGCGACCCAUUGGCUGGACUUUUGGCUGCUGCCAGAGCACGCCGGCCGGCCCCGCGGAGGACGACACGAAGGCUAAACGUGCACCGAUCAUGAUUUUGUGCACCGACCAAGAAGCAACACAGCUGGCGGCUGUCUCCUUCUUGAGGAACAAAAAGAGCCUCUGGAUCGAACACGUCUCGGACCCCGCCCACAGGUCGCACAACGACGUGGCUUUGGCCUUGUCGGCCGCUGGACUCCUGAAGUUCUGCACGUGCAUCUCGCUGUACAACAUCAGGUAUGGACCCUGGCAGAAGGGCUCGUGGGCGUUGAAGAUCCAGCAAGCCGCAAAUCGCAUGAAGGACAACAUGGACCCCUCGGACCCGAUAUUGCUCCUUUUCUUCCCGGACAUUCUGCUGGACGCCGGCCUCUCCCCCCUGGACGACAACACGGAGGAGAAACGCAGGUCGUUUUUGCAGACAUUACCCGACAUGGACUGCAUCCGCAUCAAGGGCACGAAGGCCAGCAAGAGUCGGUUCAAUUCCCUGACGACGGCCCACAGCGCGCUGGACAAAGAGUGGUCGGUCUUGGCUUUAGUUCUCACGGUGGUCUGCUUGGAGCACAACUGGGCAGUUUCCACUAAGGACCUCUUCUCGCAGGACAGCAACCAGGCCCGUGCCUCGGUUCCAUAUGGUGGAAGCAAGUCUUCUGCCAUACAGGAGGCCAAGCAAGGCAUGGACCAGGAGCGGAAGGGCAGCGCGAACAGUCUACACUUAAUGACGAAGUUCGUGAUCUCGCAGGACAACAAGACGACAGCCAGGAUGAUGUUCCAGGUCUUGCAACCCGAAGAGCUUCGUUGUUCGCUCAUGCUCAAGCAGCUGCGUUCCAAAGGCAUGACGAAGGACUACUACUCUGGCUGGGCACACUGGUCUUGGAUGAGCACUGCAAAGGACCACGUCAGGACUUUGUCGAAUUUGGAAGGUUUAUCUCGUGUCGGCCUCGACCUGACACUGGCACGCGCACAACCCCCGGAGGAGACAGAGCUUGUCUGGCAGGACUCGCUCGCAGGCCAAAUGACGCAGUUGACACUACAGAUCCUGCGGCUGCGGGCCGGGGCACAGCUGUACCAUACUGGAGGUUUCGGUGCGACCGCAGGACUAGUCCAUGCUGAAGAGCAGUUCCGUCGGGCAAGCUUGGAUUUUUUCAAAGAGAUGCAGUCUUGUAUCCAGGACACGCACAGUGGUGGUUCUCGUAUGGCAAAAAAAUUGCUCGAAGGUCAUUUCUCCCAAGGGCCGAUUAGUCGGUACAUCCUCGCCGAUCUUUGCACUACCCGGUUUCAGAGCCUUACGGAGGACGUUGCACACGUAUUGACCAGCAUUUGGUCGGGCCUCUUGAACACGAAGAUCAUCGAAGACUGUAAUAAAGUCCAGCGCGAGGCCGAGCAACGACAUUCGUCUUCGAAGGACUUGGGUCGUUUGGCUGUGACCCAACAGGCCGUGGUCAAGAUGUACGAGAGGGUGGAGGCACUGUCAACGGAGCUCUACCACACGCCGGCAGCGUUUGACGUGGCCAAACUUUUCUGCAAAGACACCGAGAAGAAGAAGAUUCAAGCAGUUCGUCGUCGUUCCGAUUCGUCGGUCAGCACGCAGGUCAGUGCCUCGGAGGUGCAGGAAGCACAGCUUCUUGCAGACGUGACGAAGACGAGGGACUGGGUCUCCCACAACCACGCCGAGGAACAGGAGGUUUUGGCUGCCUUCAGUUUACUGAUGAAGGCAUGGAGGGCCAAGCGAUGGUCGCUUUGUGAAGAAGGUUGGUGCUCUGGACUUUUGCCCGAAGGACAUGUUGUACUGGCAGGUGCAGACCCGUUGUUCAUCGUUCGGACAUACCGUUUGGCUGCACUCGCAUGGCCCGGCAAGAUCGUUAAGGACAAGGACCAUGAGUUUUCGAAUUCAACAUGGGCGUUCGGUCGUUCCACGCAGGGCAGCCACCUCAACAACGGCAUCGUGUUUUUGGUGGACAAGAAGAUGGGCACGUUGGACUUUCACGCCGAGCAGGGUGUGGACGCAGGACAUCAGCUGGCUGUUGCCGCCAUGCUCAACAUGGACAACUCGUUGGUCGAAGAGGACGUGGUUCAACGAAUCCUGGCAAGGCAUCAGACUGACAAGUGGAUGCCGGAGGUCGACGACAAGGACUUGGAAGCCGUCGUUCGGGACACGCUGCUCAUUGGCGAGCAGGACAAGGUAUGCACGAUGUACAAGAACGCCGUCUCGGACCUGGACAAGGACUUUUGGAAGGCCGGACAGGACACACGCCGACGCAAGACUCAGAAGGCCGAGAAGGACAGCAAAAAGCUAAAGCAGCAGUACGACCGGGUGUACGCAAAGCUGAAUGCCACGACGGACGAGCUUGUGAAGAGCAUGGUUCCUGAUACUGUACAGGUUUGGACGGACCCAAAGAAUGGUCGUUGGAAG